UGUGUUGUGUGUGUGUGUGAAGUAAUUUUAAAUCAUUUGAUUAAGCAAGCCCUGUAAGGUUUCUCUGUGGUUGAUCACUUUAUUCACUGUUAUAUCAUCUAUGCUAAUAUUCAGCUGUGGUUCAAAGUUCCUUCUCAAAAGUUUCCUAAAUAGAAUAACUAAAAUAAAAACAGAGAAAGAUUCCUAAGUAAAUAUAACUGAAUAAAAGAUAACAAAAUCUACAUGAUUUGUUCAUAAAGAAAGAAAGAAAGAAAAAAAAAGAGCAAAGGAGAGAAAGAAUAUGAUAUUACCACGAUACCAAGACGUUAUAUAAGAAACAAGAAAUGCCAGCUUGAUAUUUUUGCACUUAUCCUACAUAUAACUCGCUAGAACACACUAUCAGUAAUUAAAUUUAGUACUGGAAGCAAUUAUGAUCCACAACCAAAAUCAUUGACUAUAAAACUUCUAAUUGCACUAGCGGCAAGAAAGGCCAGGUAUCAACCUGCCGAAUGCAUACCUUGCAGCACAUUGCUUGCAUGUACACCGUGUGUCUCAUAAUUAAGAGCUCCUUUCAAUGGUAUACUCACCGUACUACAUUCUUCCACAUAAACCCAAUUAAUGUCUUUAUAUUCACUCCUUUUUUGCUUUCUAUUUAAAGUAAACUUUGCACCUCUAGAACACAAUUGUAGCCACUGUAUGCUUCUCCUGCAUCUAUCCAUUGCCCUCAUCUCAUAAUUCCUUCAAGACACUGUCUCUUCUCAGGUUCUGAGUUUUCUUUGCUAAUUAGUAACGUUAGUGAAGAUGAGAAGUCUAGUUUCUCAGAACCCUAAGCUGAGAGUGACAACUGAUGUUACAAGCAGUCUAGGAUAUGCCUUGCAAGUCAUGCGAGCUCCAGUAAUAAUACCACUACUACAGCUAGCUAUGUUGUUGUGCUCACUGAUGUCUAUUAUGCUUUUCAUUGAACGAGUUUACAUGGCACUAAUAAUCAUAUGUGUAAAACUGCUGGGGAAGAAAAGAUACACCAAGUAUAAGCUCGAGAACAUGAGAGAAGACCUGGAGUUUAACAAAAGCUAUCCAAUGGUUUUGGUUCAAAUACCUAUGUACAACGAGAAAGAGGUCUACAGGCUGUCCAUUGGGGCUGCAUGUGCACUUUCAUGGCCUUCUGACUGCCUCAUAAUUCAGGUUCUCGAUGAUUCAACAAAUCAAGUGUUAAGGGAGAUGCUGGAGUUGGAAUGUAAGAAAUGGAUACAAAACGGAGUAAAUGUCAAGUAUGAAACCAGGAAUAACAGGAAUGGAUACAAGGCAGGUGCCCUCAAAGAAGGUUUAGACAAGCAAUAUGUCAAAGACUGUGAAUUUGUGGUAAUCUUUGAUGCAGAUUUUCAACCUGAUGAGGAUUUCUUAUGGAGGACCAUUCCUUAUAUGCUUGAGAAUCCAGAAUUGGGCUUGGUUCAGGCCAGCUGGAAAUUCGUGAAUGCGGAUGAAUGCCUGAUGACUCGACUUCAAGAAAUGUCCCUGGAUUAUCACUUCAGCGUAGAGCAAGAAGUGGGCUCCUCUACAUGUUCUUUCUUUGGGUUUAAUGGGACAGCUGGGGUUUGGCGAAUUCAAGCUAUCAAAGAGGCUGGUGGAUGGAAAGAUCGAACCACAGUGGAAGAUAUGGACCUUGCAGUCAGGGCAAGCCUAAAGGGUUGGAAGUUUAUUUUUGUUGGGGACGUAGGAGUCAAAAAUGAACUUCCAAGUACCUUCAAGGCUUAUCGGUUUCAGCAACACCGGUGGUCAUGUGGCCCAGCUAAUCUCUUCAGGAAAAUGACCAAAGAAAUCCUCCUCUGUGAGAGGGUGUCGAUCUGGAAGAGACUUCAUCUAAUCUAUGCUUUCUUCUUCGUGAGGAAGAUUGUUGCACACUGGGUCACCUUCUUCUUUUACUGCAUUAUCAUACCAGCAAGUGUUUUAGUCCCUGAACUUCACCUCACAAAGCCAAUCGCCAUCUACAUUCCAGCCACCAUCACAAUUCUAAAUGCAGUCUGUACUCCAAGGUCUCUGCAUCUGGUGGUGUUUUGGAUAUUGUUCGAGAAUGUCAUGUCACUUCAUCGAACCAAAGCAGCAAUUAUAGGACUCCUUGAAGCAAACCGUGUCAAUGAAUGGGUUGUGACUGAGAAGCUUGGAAACACCAUGAAGCAAAAGAAUGCAAAGAAAUCAAGGUUUCGAAUUGGUGAAAAGUUCCACUUCUUGGAGCUGAUAAUGGGAGGAUUAUUGCUGCACUGUGCAAUCUACGAUCUGAUGAAUGGAAAAGAUCACUUCUUCAUAUAUCUGUUUCUGCAGUCUGGGGCUUUCUUCAUCAUGGGAUUUGGGUAUGUUGGAACAUUCGUUCCAACUUAAGACAAAAGAAUUUAACGAGGGAUUUUCAGCACCAAUAAGUGUAUCAAGUAGUGUACAAGUUUUUCCCCCAAAAAAAAAAAGGUAGUAUAUACGUUUGUGUAAUAAGAUCAGAACUUUGAUUAGAAUAUCUAGUCAAGAGAAAAAAUACUAGUACGAAAAUUAGAGGCUAUCUAGUUUGCGUUCAACCAAGCAAGAAGUGUAUAAACGUUUGGUAUUAUGCAGUGAGUCUGCCUUGUAUAAGAGACAUCACAGAACCCUCUAGCUUUUCUACAUCCUUGUCCCAUGAAAUUCGAAGUUUGUACGCAAGAAAAGCGCCCUUUAUUUAACAUUUGAAAUGAGGAAGUGGGAUGGAAUAGUUUAAAUGGAGUAAUCCUUUUCACA